AUGUCCUCUUCAUACGCACGAUUAAAUGUUGAAAAUACUCGUGAAUCAUUGUUAGAUGGGCAGAUGACAACAGGUGUUGCAACUGCUGGAGGAAUUAGCCAAUCGAUUAAAGCUACCUUUCCAUACCCUGUUUCGGUAACAAGUGUAACAAUUGCACCAUUACAUAAAAACCCUAUUGUGUGGGAUCCAAAAUCCGGUAAUUCUGGCACUUUACAGUAUUCACAGGAUAAUAAACACUGGACAACCGUUGGAACUAUCGCUUAUGUUGAAAUGCAGCAACAAAAAAUUGAAAUCGAUAACAUUACAGCUAAAUACUGGAGAUUACAUCACAAUGGGUAUCUUGGCACAAGCAGCUUUCUAUUCGAAUAA